CCAUCAUGCGAUGGCUUGGCUCUCUGAAAUCCCAUCAUUUGGACCAGGAUGGCGGACGCCAUUUCAUGUUUGAUGUUUGCUGCAUGUGGUGAUUGUGGUCUGCCGUUGGGGACUCACGACGACGCCUGACCGAUUGACUCAAUACAAAGCAUAAAGACCUGACCUAGAGGCAAUAAUCGAUACGAACAGGCCGGACACUCAAAGGAUUCCCAUUCUGGACAUUUAUGCUCUUACGCAACCACGAGGAAAACGCAGAGCCGUCGGACUUCUCGCCGCAGGAUUCCAGGAUUCCAGGAUUCCCCUCACGCAUCGGCUAUCUCGUCUCGGCUCUCGGCGCAGAUUGGAGUUGAGGUCUGGAAGCAUACGGUAAAUGCCAGCUGACCCCUUUUGUGUACAUGUAUGUGGCAUCUCUUUGAGCCUCAAUCGUCAGGUCAAGUCAUACCGUCCCCUUUUGCCCUGCUGCCCAGUUCAAGAUGGCACAGAAGCCCAUCGUCCUGCGCGUAGGCGAGGACAUUAAAUACAACCACGAUUACUUCAACAAUGAGUUCACCAAGCGCUUCAACGUCGUCGCCAAUGAGGAGCCGGAUCGAGCCUCGUUCAUCAAGGCUCUCAAGGAUAAAAAGUAUGGCGACUUUGCUGCCAUUUACAGGCCGCAUUUCCAGACAGGCGGCGAGAUGGGCCAGUGGGACGAUGAGCUGAUCCCCCUGCUUCCGGCGUCCUGUCGCAUCUUCGCCUCGGCCGGUGCGGGCUUCAACUGGGCGGACACAGAGGCCCUCGCCAAGCGCGGCAUCUGGUACGCCAACGGCGCGGGCGCCUCCGACGAGGCCGUCUCAGACACGGCCCUGUUCAUGGUCCUCUCCGUCUUUCGUAACUGGUGGCGCUCGCAAAAGGCCGCGCGCACGUGCGACCCGGACCAGUUCCACGCCAUGCACAAGCUGGUGGGCAGCAUCUCGUACAAUCCCCGGGGCCACAUCCUGGGUAUCGUGGGCUUGGGCAACAUUAGCAAGAAACUGGCGCAGAAGGCGCGCGAUGCCCUCGGCAUGGAGAUUCACUACUACGACGUUGUGCGUGCUGAUGAGGCGACGGAGAAGAGUCUGGGCGUCACGUACCACGACACGCUCUUCAGUUUGCUCGGGGUGGCGGACUGCGUCAGCUUGCACACGCCUCUGAACGCGCACACACAAGAUCUCAUGAACAAGGAGGCCUUUGCCGCCAUGAAGGACGGCGCGCGGAUCAUCAACACGGCGCGGGGCCAGGUCGUCAAUGAGGAUGCGCUGAUUGAGGCGCUGCAGAGUGGCAAGAUCUCCGGUGCUGGUCUGGACGUGCACUACCACGAGCCGCAGGUGUCCAAGGUGCUGGCCGAGAUGGACAAUGUGGUGCUGACGUGCCAUAAUGGAGGCGCGGCCAUCACGACACGGAUCAACUUUGAGCUGAACGCCAUGAAGAACAUUAUGGAGGUUGUUGGCGAUAAUGGUGGCUACAAGGGCGAGCCCCUCACGCCGGUCAACAAGAAGUGAUUUCAGCCAGCAGCAGCGU